AUGGCCAGUAUAAAAAUAGCUCUUAGUGGAGGGAAACAUCUUUACCUGCUUGGCAUCUAUAGACCUCCUGGAAGUGUUCUGGAAGAAGCCUUGACUCGAAUCUCAACUGCCUUGGAAAUGUUCCCGAGCAACAACACCCCUAUAUGCAUGGUUGGCGAUCUGAAUGUUGACAGUCUCAACACGUCUAAAGAAAAGGAAAAUCGAGCCCUUAAUAACAUUCUUGCCUCCUUCGACAUGCAUAGAGCCAACCUGCCACCCACAAGAGUCACCAGUACCUCUGAAUCAUCCAUUGAUGUCGUCUGCAGCAAUUUAAAUCCAAGAAACUUCAGUAUCAAGGUUAUUCAUGAGCACAUAUCCGACCACAGUGGCCAGCUAUGCACCCUCGACAUACCUGCUAAAACUAAAACUGAACCAAUCCUCACUCGCAGACAAGUAAGUGACCAAAACCUGUCACAAUUAAAGACACUUCUAGCUGAGGAAUCCUGGGUAAAUGUCUACCAGACAGCUGAUGUCAGUGAAUCUCUUUCAAACCUUGUCCGAACUCUCACAUUGGCACUAGACGCAUCAUGUCCCUACAAAAAAUCACGAUCCAAACGCCCAAGACUAAGGUCAUUUCAGUAUGAUCCAGAUGUGGAUGUACUAAAGGCCAGUUUCCUCCAAGCCCAGAACAGAUUUCUGCUUACUGGAAGAGAGUGUGACAAGCUGGAAGCUAAUCGGAGGAAGAAAUCCUACGAUUUAAAACUUAAAUCCUCUAGGAGAGCUGCAAGUGAAAAGGUGAUUUCAGAAUCUUCCAAUAAAACCAAGGCUAUCUGGAGCAUUGUAAAUUCUGAAAGAAGAGCAUGUGCUGAACCGAGAGAAAUCACCUGGAAGCUGAAUGUUUCGAAUAAAGUCGUUGAAGACCCCAAAAUGGUUGCGGACUGUUUCAAUGAAUAUUUCACGUCAAUAGCUGGAGAAACGCUUAAAGCCAACACUUCACAGAGAACUACCCUACCUAUCCAGCUCCUCCAACCAGCUACGGAUUAUGGAUUGGUCUCGUUUCAUCCAACAACUACUGAUGAGGUUCGAUGCAUUAUAAGAAGUUUAAAACCAACUCCAUCAACUGGCGUGGAUGACAUAUCCUCCAGGCUCCUGAAGUUUUGUGAAGGGGAACUCUGUCCACCAUUAGCUGAUAUUAUUAACAAAUCCUUGGCUCAGGCAAUCUUCCCUGGCAGCAUGAAGAUCGCUAAGGUUUAUCCUCUUCAUAAAAAAGGAAAAAACUGA